AAAACGUAAAUCCAGACCCGCGAUAAGCGACCGUCGUUGAGCUUGAUGAGGGAGAUAAACACUGUCAGAGAUGGUAACGAUGAUCAUCAGACCGAAAUCACCGUCAAAACAAUUGGUGCUGCUCCUCCUUUUCGCCUCAUAGUCCCCUCUUCUCUCAAGGAUUAUGUAUGUCAAAUGUGUGGGGUUGAAGGCUAUAAGCAAUGCCUAGUUCCCUGUUAUUCCUGUGGUGCUUAUGAACAUAUGUAUUGCAUGGAGAAAGUAAUAAUGAAAGUACCAAAAGAAUGGCAAUGUGAUUACUGUCAAAGAAAGACUCAAGAUCAUUUGGUUGGAAGGGGAAUUGACCGAAUUCGAGACGAGUUUCCUUUGGGACCUUCUAAAUGUUCUUCUUGGAAAGGAAGGUUCAAGAUUCUUGAUGAAAAAUUUAUGGAUCUUCAUUGUGACUUGAAGGCUCAUCUUCCAACAACAGUAAAGAAAAGAAUCUACAAGUUCUCAAUAAAAAUGCCAGAAGAAGUAGAACUUACAAUGGUUCCUAGAUCCAAUUUGGGGAUGUCGCCCACCAAAGAUGACAUUUCAUUGUAUUUCUUCUGCGGUCAUAAUCUUGGAUGUAUCAGAUACAACCAGAUAUUGCAACAGUUGGAGGCAAAAGAUUAUGUAAUGAGAAGCAAGAUGAAUGGUGUGGAAUUGAUCGUUCUUAGUUCAAGGCUCCUUCCACUGGAUUCUCAAUUCUAUUUGGGUCGAUGGCCUUUCAUGUGGGCAGUUCUUCGAUCAAUAAGAAAACAUAAAAACCUUAACGAGCUGAGUACAACCUCAAUUCAGGUGAUGGAGACAAGGAGUUUUCUUCCUCCUCCUGGAAUUGCCAUGACUUAUGAUGUUUAAUAGUGUUAAUUGCAUUAUUGCAGACACCUUUUUGGGAAUUAUGGUUAUAAG